AUGUCAGGAUUCGACAUACAAGGACAUACCAGAUUGUCCUUUCUGGAUUUGGAUGCCCAGGAGAUGAGGGUAUAUGCAAUUAUCAUUGCAAAUACAAGGUCCAAGACGGAGGAAAAAUUCCCUGCUGUGGACGAUGUGGAGGUUUCUUUAAAACAACUUGUCAAUGCGUUUACGGUUGCAAGAAUUGCUGAAAAAUGA